GGCUUUGCUUCAUAUGUUAGAUACUCUUCAGUGGCUGCAAAUGGUGAUAAAAAUAGAACAAUGCAGCUAUUGAUGGUUUGGAAAAGUCUUAAGAUAUGUGGUGUUAGAAGAGGUAGCACAGAUUGGAGAAACAGCAACCCAGUAUCCGUGAGAAAGUUGAUGUUGAAUUUUCCUUUUGACUCUGGUUGGAUACACUUACAAGCACCAGGAAGAUGGAUGGCAACUCUUGCUAGCCCUAUGGCAGACAGGGUGCAAAGGAAGCACAACACAAGCUCAGUAUCUUUCCCAAAGGCACCUCCCAGAUUCAAGCUUCUUGCAGAUUUCUUUGGGGUGAGCAAAUCACAAGCCCAGAGAAUAGUUGAGGGUGACCCAAGACUAGGAGAGUGUGAUACAUUCAUUCUCUCGAGGAAUAUGUCAACACUUAAAGAAAAUGGCCUAAGGCCAGAAGAAGUACGAAGUCAUCUGCAACUACUUUACUACUGCCCUCUGACGGUUCAGCAUCAGAUAGCCAUCCUCCAAGAAUUAGGGCUUAUUAAUCUCAAGGUUGCUCAUUUUAAAAGGUUUAAAAAAUUCUACAAAAGCACAUUCCAACUCAUCAAAGACUAUGGCCUUCUGCCUCAUGACUAUGACCCUAAGUGGGAUAUCCUCAAGCCCCUGCAAGUGCCAGAAGAAAUCAUCGACAACAUUGAGUUUCCUAGCAAAAUUGCAAACUUAACUCUAGGCCAAAUUCAUGAGCAGCUGUCGAGUAUAUAUCUCCAGUGGCGCUUAGAGUGUGAGGAAGAAGACAUCAAAAGGAUUCGUCAUAUUUAUCCUCCCACAAAAAUGAAGAGCAUGAGAUUACAGUGUGAAGUGUUUGAGCUUCUCAACAAUGAAUGGAAUAUCAAUAACAGUAAGGUUUUGCGGCAUGGCUACCUGUUGUCUGGGAGUCCACACAACCUAAGGCUGAUAGCAGAGCAGGUGACACAGCUUGCUGGGGCCAGCACCAAGGAGGCAGUUGCACUAGCUCCUCGGUUACUUAAUGUUCCUUAUUACAAGCUCUUGACCAUCAGCAAGAUCCUCACAGAUCUUGGAGUGGAGCCGGGUGCUGUGUUGACUUUGCCACAAGUGUGUACCCUGAAUCCAGAAACCAUACAAGAACGCAUAGCUACCCUUCAGAAGGUGCCAGAAUUUGAGGCAUUGCACUCUCAUCCACGUAUUCUGCGUCUAAUAUACUACAAUACAAAGAUUAAAUCUCGCUUGGACCUCUUGCACCAGCUAAAGGAUGUCAAAUCCAUGCCAAGUCUAAAUAUAUUGUCUGGAGACACUGAUCAAUUCCACCGUUAUCUCACUCUAGGGGAAUUGAAACAAAACAGACGGGACAUUGUCACAUUUUUGGCAAGAAGUUUUCAAGUAAAAUCGAGCAAGAUUCGAGAUAUGCUGAAAGUACAACUACCUCAAACAACUGUCGUAAAUGUUAAAAAUAAUCUCCACCACUUGUUGGAACAAGGCUUCACAAAGGAGCAAGUGUUAGUGGCCCUGGAUGUAGUUCUUUACCCCCCAGAGUUGGUGAGUGACCAGCUGUCCCACCUAGCAAAGCGACCUGAAGCACAGCCUUACUUGGAGUUCAAAGGCAACCCAAAUGCCUUGCAACUGCUACUCUAUUUUAUAGUGAAAAAUUCAUCCUACAGAUUGUAACAGAGAAUUUAUGAUAGUAAAGUAUUAUAUUUACAUUG